AUGCUGCGAAUAAGACAUGCGGUCAUCUGUCUGAUAUUCGCAACCACUCUCAGCUUGGUCAUCUACUAUCGAUCGGCGAGUGGCUCCGUCACCUUCAGAGCUUUACAGUCCAAGGUGCCGCAGAUCGUUGGACUCGGAGAAUAUUUCGACCCGGAGGAGCAGCAUGUUCAGAAUCAGGCUGGGCCUCUUUCUUCCGAAGGGGACUCUCGUGUCUCGAACUCUACAGCAGAAUCGGCGGCGGCGGGAGUGCCAAUAGCCAAUCCUCCAGGAUCGAGAUAUACACGAAGCCUGGUCAUGGCUCGGAUGAAAGCAGAAAAUGUGACUUGGCUUGACGGGGUCGACCUGGGCCCCGAUAUCAAAAAGUUCAUCUAUGUCGCCGACGACCCUAAUGCGCCUUUACACCCACCCAAAAACAAGGGCCACGAAGUCAUGACCUACCUCACGUAUAUUGUUGAUUUUUAUGACGAGCUACCCGACGUCAGCAUCUUCAUGCAUGCCCACCAAGACGCAUGGCACAACAACGAACUUUUGAACUGGGACGCCGCCGAAAUGAUCAAACGGCUGAGCAGCGAGAGAGUCCUGCGCAAAGGCUACAUGAACAUGAGAUGUCAUUGGAAGCCUGGAUGCCCAGACUGGAUCCAUCCAGGCCAGAUAGAAAGGGAUAAGGACAAACUGGAACAGUCGUACAUGGCGUCGACCUGGGCGGAGCUCUUCGCGGACAAGCCCAUCCCAGCUGUCUUGGCUCAGCCGUGUUGCUCCCAGUUUGCGGUGAGCCGGGACCAGAUAAGAUUGACCCCAAGGGAGAAAUACAGGCAUUACCGAGACUGGCUCCUACGGUCGGGCAUAUCAGACCUCACCAGUGGGAGAAUCUUUGAGUACCUCUGGCAAGUCAUCUUCGCCGACGAGAGUGUGUUCUGCCCAAGCCAACGGGCAUGCUACUGUGACGGGUUCGGUGUCUGCUUUGAGACCGACAAGACGUUUGACAAGUGGUUCGAGCUGCGAUAUGAACGGCAGAUGGCGGAGAAAGAGUUGCGUGAGUGGAAAGAGAAAGCUGAGGCAAUCGAAAAGUUUCGCGACAAAGACGGAAGACUGCCCGGUAUUGAAACAGGGGAGCUUCAGGUGCCAGAGAUUGGGAGGAAAGAGCAGCUGGAAGCCUUGAUUGAGGAAAAGAACGUGGAGCUAGAACGGAGGAGGCUGGAAGCUUUGGAGAGAGGCAGGGACCCAAGGAACAGAGCAGAGAGUGACGGGCGGCCCUGGAAAGAGGGGGACGGAUUUUAG